ACAGGAUUCUGUACACGCGAUAACACAUCAGCAUCAGCAAGGAGGUCUCCCAGACGAUGUAUGCAUGCCUGCAUGCAGUCACAAGUCACAAGUGUGUCUUGAUGAGCUGGAGGGAUCCGUGGUCGAGGUCGCUGAUAUACCUGCGUGGGGAUAGCAUUCACCCACUCACCCUCAUCAUGCCAUCCUACGCCCCUCCACAUCCACGAUUGUGAUCGGCGCGCCUCUAUAGACUAGCACCUCUCUGGAUGGUCACUACAGCAAAGUGCGCGGACACGCAUACACACAGACUGUGACAACUGCAAGGGGAGUCUCCAACCCAUAACCCAUAGACGCUCGUAGCAACAGCAUCGCUCCUCGACUCUCGGACCUUUUUCCACCUUGCCGCACGCCUACGUAGCACGAUGGCGUCCAGCAGCAAACCCAAUUUGGAUGGCAUCCUGCUCCUCGAGCAACCAUUUGCCAGACUACCUCACGAGUCUCUGCGUCGUCAACUGCGCACGCACCAACGCUUGGUGGAUCGAGACAUGGCGUAUUGCGCUUCGCUGCUUUCGGACAUCGGCGCAUCCACCGGUCCAAGCAGCGCUGCUCGAACAUCGGGCGCCUCAUCCUCCAAGAGUCCGCAAAAGUCGAGCGGUAGCAAGAGCAAAACUGCCUCCAGCACUCCCGCUUCCAAACUCGCCAUCGCUGAAGCUGCCCUUGCCAAGCGCAGAGCAGCCCUCACCUUGGCCGGCUCUAGCAGCAACGCAGGUAGCAGUAGCAGCCUGAGCAUCCCCUCGCCUGGUGCCAGUGCGGCUGUCAACGCCGGCUCGGGAGCAGCGACGCCGAGCAGCGCUUCUGGUUCUUCACAAUCACAGGCUCCGCCUCUUUCAUCCGCUGCUUUAUCUGCGGACGCUGUGAGCGUUGACGAUUCUCUACUCCUGGCGACGCAUCAGCCUCAACCGUCUGCAGCAACAGCGGUGCCGAACAAACCAGACUCAGAGGUACACCGUGCACUCGAUGUGAUGAUCGGUCGUCUGCGCGGCCUCAAACGCAAGCUCUCUCCAAUAGGCGAGCAGGCAAUGUCGGCGCUCGGAGUGGCAGAUGCGCGGUUGAACCAUUUGGCGGAUCUCCACUUGAUUGAGAGCACCGCCACCCCUGAAUUCGAAGAGUGGAGCAAGACGAGGCUUGAUCGGAUGCUGGCUGACUAUCUGCUGCGAAGGGGCUACUCUGGCGCCGCAUCUGCGUUGGCAAAGAGUCGUAACAUAACGGAGCUGGUCGACCUUGAAUUGUUCGACGAAAUUGCUAGCAUCGAGAAGUCUUUGGCUCCACCUGUGCCCGGCUCAGGGACGAAGCGCACCUGCGCAGCAGCAUUGGCUUGGUGCUCGGAGAACAAAGCCGCGCUGCGAAAGAUUAAGUCUACCCUUGAGUUUGACCUGAGGCUUCAAGAGUUCAUAGAAUUGGCACGCGCAAGGGAGGCGGGCACUCUCAAGGAUGCGAUCACGUACGCCCAGAAACAUCUUUUGCCACUGUAUUCUAGCUCGCCAACGAGACCGGCCGGAGACAAGGACAAGCCGGUCGAUGCGGCCGAGAUGCUGGUCGACGCCGCUGCUCAUGAAGCUAUGCUGGCCCAAGUGGCACGAGCUAUGGGUUUGCUGGCCAUGCCGCCAGGCAAAUGGGCAUAUAACGACUUGUACAGCGAAGAUCGCUGGGCUUGCAUCUCUGACUCUUUCCGACGGUGCGCGCUUCAGCUGCAUAGCUUGACGCCUCAACCUCUGCUGCAUAUAGCUCUCAGUGCCGGACUGUCCAGUCUCAAGCUGCCAGCCUGCUACAGCCACGAGGCCUCAGGUAUCAACAACUCGAGUGGUAGCGGCACUCAUCCUCCGCCACACCUGGGCGGCAGGACAGCUGGAGACAGUGGCGCGCUGAACCUCGGAGCUGCACCGAGUAUCUCUGCGCCUGCUCUUUCGGUCAGCGCAGCUCCAGGUGUAGGAGCUGGUUUGCAUGCCAGUCCCUCCUCCGGCUCUCUUGGAGGUUUGCAGCCACUUCAAGCCUCUCCAUUUUCUCGAGCCGGCUCUGUACUCUCAAGCUCGACGGAUGGCAUGUCCGUUUCGUCCUCUGCACCGCCUUCGGCUUCGGCAUCCAUCAUUGUCGAUCCGAACGACAGCAGAAAUACGAACUGCCCAGUGUGCGACACGGUUGGGCUCGGAACGCUCGCCAGAGAGGUUCCUUGGUCACAUCAUACCAACUCGACGCUUGUAUGCCGCAUCUCCGGACGUGUGAUGGAUGAGAACGACCCUCCCCUAGCUCUGCCCAACGGUCACGUGUACUCGCGCGGAGCUCUCGAGGAGAUGGCGGCAUCGAAUAAAGACUCCAUUGUCACCUGUCCAAGGACGGGACAGUCUUUCUUCUUCUCUGCUGCGCGAAAGGUUUACAUUUCUUAGCGCCUCCAACAUGUGCUGAAGAUGCCACAAGAACGUUGAGACCCUGCGUGCUCAGCCCUGCGCUCGCGACUCAUCUCAUCGCCUUGAUUCGAACGCUAUUGAUCAAUUUGUUUCGCACGUGUUUCAGCUUGGCCUACACUUUGCUAUCUUCAGUACUUGUACUUGUGCCUCACUCACAUUCAGAUUCCGUCA